UGCGCAGCUCAGUAACCGCAGCAGCCGCUGAUGCGUGAAGCGCGAGCAGGCUUAUCUCGCAACGGCUUCGCGCCUGGCAGCCAUGCGUGCGCCCGAGGCUGAGAGCCACGGUGGCGGGAGGAAACGCCGCGGUGCCCCCCGUGGUUACGAUGCAGCCGCUUCCGCCGAUUUCGACGCCGAAACGAGCGUAGCCGUGACCAUGGCUCAGUGCGAGUGCGAGUGCAGUGCCGCUGACGACUGGGGUGACGGCCAAAAAAUGUGGAACCUCGUGGCGUCGCUUUUAGGUUCCGAAACCUGACAUUGGCGAGGCCUCCACCGAUGAACAGCACGGUGGUGAGAAGGGCCAGCGACACGGAGCGCGCCGUGGCUGCCGUCCUGGUCUCUGCCGAGCUGUGCAUCUCCGUGCUUGGGAACCUGCUGGUGCUCUUCGUCUCGCUCUGGGACGAGCAUGUGAAGCAGCAUCGCUCCAACCUUCUCGUUGUCAGCCUCGCGGUCACCGACCUCCUGACAGCCACUCUUGUCAUGGUGCCGUCGGUCUGCGCCCUGACCAAUGAUGGCUGGCCGCUAGACAACCCGGGCUUCUGCACCUUCCACGGCAUCCUUAACUACUGGUUGACGUCGACGUCAAGCGUGACGCUCGCUAUGAUCGCCCUCGACCGCGGCGUGGCCAUCCACAAGCCGCUCCAGUACGUCCAGCACUGCACGUGGCGCCGCCUAGUACAGAUGGUGGCGCUACCCUGGACGCUCGGCAUAAUCUUUGCCGUUGUGCCCGCCAUUUUGGAUUGGACCGCAUACCAGUUUGACAAUAUUGUCUGCGACGUCGACUGGCAUCCGCGACGUGAGCAUGUCAUCUACUACGCGGUCACCUUUUCCCUUUGCUUCGCCGUGCCAGCGGCCAUAGUGCUCGUGCAGUAUGCGCGCAUCCUCGCCUCAGUGCGUCGAUUGCGCUCCAACUCUGUCGUGAAUGCGCCAGUAGUGGUGCGCAAAGGUGAAGUCUCGAACGGAACACUGUCUCGUCAGUCGUCGUUUCGACGUCGAACGGGCCAGGGCAACCAAAAGAUCCUCGUCAGCAUCUUGGCAGUGAUUGUCAUCUUCUUCGUCUGCAUCACGCCCUUUUGCUGCACGAAGCUCGUCAAGGUGCUAAUCGGGCCCAAGGCCAUUCCAGACUGGCUGGACAUGCUCUCGACUGUGGUGCAGUUCCUGGCGUCCGUCGCGAACCCCUUUGUGUACUCCAUCGGACUCAAGAGCUUUCACGAGGCGCUGUGUAGGCUGUCGCGCAGCGGACGACACAGACUGCUUUGGAGUACUUCAGUGUGAGUGGCCGAAAGCGGAGAGAGAUAGAGACUGAAAAAUGUUUAAGCAAAUUUUGUAUGCUCGUAGAGUUUACGUAGAGAGAAAUGCGUUACUUUUCCUCCAUCAAUGGUCGCUACUAAAAAGUGUUUCAUGCAUAUGAACAGUGUGGAAAAAGCUGCGAGACGAAAGUCUAUGUGCAAAGGAAUCAUUAUGAUGAACUGUCUAGCAUUUGCAUUCAACAUGAAUUGAACAAGACAAGUACAAGACAACAGCGAAAUGGUGUGCGAGAAAAUCUGAUACGUAUUACAUAACUUUGAAUACCAGGCAUAAAAUAUUAGACUGAACAACGUCUCAAAGGUAUUCUUCUCGCGUUUUGGUAUGGAGAAAUAUUCACUAUGAAGCCUCCAAAGCAGGUCGAGUAAAGCGUUCAUGAACUCUUGUCGAACUCUGGAAUGUGUGCCAUUCAGUGUUGAAAACACAAUAAUUCGGGAACAAUAAAAGCUGCCCGAAAAGCUGUUCAUCAACAAGA